UGCGUCAGCGCCGCGCUGGCCACAAUGGCGGGAAUAUUUUACACAUGUUUGACGUAUGUCGAUCAAAAAAAAGUGCUAUAUUUUUCGGAUAGAUUUUUCGCGAACUCGUCGAAAAUUGCGAAUGAUGGUUUUUAGUUAUCAGUGCAAUCGCGACGCCCGGUCGACGCAGUUUUCGAUCAGAUUUUUAUCCAAUGUAGACAUAAACGAAAAUGGAUUUUGGAAGAUGGUGUCGAAUUUGUUCAGUUGAAGUCAAGUGCGGUGUUUUUUUAUUCGGUGAAGAGGCGAAACGUUCCUUUUUACACGCCAAAAUCAGAAAAUACCUCAGCGUUUCCAUUAGCUUAGAGGAUCGACUGCCUAAAAUGAUCUGCGAGGGUUGCAUUUUAAAAUUGGACGGAUUUCAUAAAUUCGCAACGAUGGCUAUUAAAAAUCAAGAACGGAUGACAAAAUUUCUUUUAUCCAGUAACGAUGACACGGAAUCGACCAAAUCUGAAACUAAAUCUUUGCUGCACACGUAUUUAACCAAGGGAGUUAUCGAAAAAGAUGUUCAAAAUGACACCGAAAUAACCGAAAUGGAAGUAAGAGUCGAUCCAAUGGCCAUCCUUCAGUGUUGUAUGGACGACGAUGUCGAUGAGGAAGACGAGCCUGCAGAUGACGAAGACGACGACGAAAAAUGCGAAGAGAAAGAGGAGGAAGAAGAUACGCAAUCGGAACCCGAGUCUGGUUCGACACAAGAAAACCUGUCGGAGAGUGAAAACUGCGAAAAUACGUGCAUUAUAUACUUAUGUUCAAUAUGCAAGCGAAGCUUUUCCACGGAGUUUGCUUUGCAGGACCACAUGUAUAUACAUUCGAGCUCAUACACGCGAAGGAUAUUAAGUUUUAGUUUGAAUGAGCUACAGAAUCAUAUAACCAACAAUGGUAAUGAUAAGCAGCAAGACAACGCUCAAGAGAAAGCCGAGAACGGGAAAACCGACGAACAAAUUACCGAAGAAUCCAACGAUAUUUACUCGUGCCCGAUAUGCGCUAAAAGUAUUUCUACCAAAGGAAACCUUAAAGUUCACUUAGAAACGCAUAGACCGAAAGGUCAAUACGGUUGCGACAUUUGCGGAAGAGUAUUUAAGACUCAAUGCAACUUAUAUCGUCAUAAAGAAUAUCAUCAAGGCAUCCAAUUCCCUUGCGAAGUCUGUGGCCGAGUUUAUCCUACGAAUAGCACCCUGAGGGCUCACUCCAUCACACAUAGCGACCUCAGGCCACACAAAUGUCCUUUGUGUGAUAAAACAUUCAAAAGAAAUCAAGACUUGAAAUUUCAUAUAAAUCAGCACACAGGUGCCAGACCAUAUCAGUGUCCUUAUUGUCCGAAGGCGUUUGCUAGUUCAGGAAAUUGUUUUUCACACAGAAAAAGGAUGCAUCCUAUAGAAGUCGAGCGAGACAGGGAAAGAGCUGCCAAAAUUAUGCGAUAGUAACGAAGGUUCCAGUCAACAAACUAAUUUUGCCUUCCAAUUUCGUCGACCGACAGUAUAAUUGCGAAAGCAAGUGGGUCGGACAAGUUUACUGAACCAGAAAGGACACUUUUUCUCUUAUAAUAUGGCGAAUUGCGGGUUUAUUGUAAAUAUACGUAAGUUUUUUCUCGAUAUAAUUAAAUCCGAUUUUCUUGUCAUUCGAAAUUUUCAGUUCAAUUAUUUAUAUGUUUUAUGCCUGCGCAAUAUGAAACGAACCAACUUUUUUUUAAAAUAAUAUUACAUAUGUAUGUCAUAACUGUGAAAUUAAACUGCUGAACACUCGAGACAUCUACAUUUGCGUUUUUUAUCUUUAUCGCUUAAUUAAUGAUUUCCUAUCCUGUAUAUUAAAAAUUUAAUGAAAUAAAAAAGAAUACCUUUGUAUUCAGGCUAACAAUUGUUAAACGGAGAUAAUAAUGAGCCACAAUUUUUGUUCACGAUCUGUUUCGAGUGUAACGUCGUUAUUUUUAAAAAUAGUACCCCUACUAACAAUCAUUCUAAUUUCACUCACAGAAGAUUGCCUUAACAUGAGGUAUGACGUUUAUUCAUCUUGAACGGAUAGGUUUAGCGAACCUCAAGAUUACAGGGACAGUUCACUAAAUUUUAUUAUAUCUAGUGAUUCCCGGAAAAUAUUUUAGGUAAAGGAUCCGUACUGAAACCGGAGUGCAAGACUUGGCGUGGAAUCAGUUUAAAUAUUACUAAAUGUUUUCUCAAAAUAUAUGUGCACAAUAAUUGUGAUGUAGAUAUUUGUCUAAUUGUAUAAUUUAGUACUGAUUCCAUUAAUCUUUUACUACGACUGAUAGCAUUAUCAGUAUUAUAACGUGUAAGU